CCAAUACGCACUCACGCUCACCACAAACUCACAAUCGUCAUCGCCCGGUGUGCAGAAUCUACAGUGCGACCCUUCCCUCUUUCUUCUGGUUCGCCCGACUACAACUGCUACUGUCUUUUCACACACUUCGGACCGAACUCCCCAUUGAAGCUUCGUCUCCGUCCUUCUGAAACACCGUCCGUCGCAGGACUUUCUCCGCGAUUCGUCAGCACCGUCCGGAGUCACUUCGAACUUGUCUGGUGCGGGAAAAACGUCAUGGCUUACAACCGUGGUGCCUACAAUCCCGACGCCCUCCCAGCCCACGCCGAGCCUGAACAGGCCGCUCAGAGUCUCUCUUCACCCACUGGCACAGCUCCUCCCAGGCGAGACUACAGCGGAUCGGGAAGUUAUCGGCCUCAGCCACCACCUCCAUCCCAAGCUCAAAAUAUGAGGCCUUCAGACGAUCGCUACCGUCCUUCUGGCAACCCAUCGCCAGGCGGCUAUGGUGGACCACCUCCAGGACAAGGCUAUGGAAGUCAGGCUCCUCCGCCGCCUCCGCCACAGCGCAACAGCAAUAACUACGGAGUCACCUCUCCUCCCCCUCCCGCCAACUAUGGCCAAGGACCUCCACCGCCGGGCUAUCACAACCGUCCACCGAUCCCGGACAACCAAAGGCCACCCACCACGGCGCCGCCACCUCCUCGUGAUGGCAACGACCGGGAUUCACUUUGGCCGCUCUUCUUACAGGUCGACAAAGAUCGCAGUGGACAACUCAGCGAAGCCGAAUUGCAACGUGCUCUAGUCAAUGGAGACUACACUGCGUUCGACCCUCAUACCGUCAAGAUGAUGAUCCGCAUGUUCGAUGCCGAUCGCAGCGGCACUAUCAACUUUGACGAAUUUUGUGGCCUGUGGGGAUUCCUCGCAGCUUGGCGCGGCCUCUUCGAUCGCUUUGACACCGACCGCAGCGGAAGCAUCUCGCUACGCGAGUUCGAGGACGCCAUUGUCGCCUUUGGAUAUCGCUUGAGCCCACAGUUCGUUCAAUUGCUCUUUAGCACUUUUGCACGCACGCACUCGCGAGGUCGCGGCGACGAUGGCGAACGACAGCGUGUGUUGUCUUUUGACUUGUUUGUCCAAGCAUGCAUCAGUCUCAAGCGCAUGACGGAUGUCUUCAAGAAAUACGACUCGGACCGUGACGGAUACAUCACAUUGAGCUUCGAGGAGUUCCUCACAGGUGCGCAGGCCCUCUUUCUGUUCAAUUCCAUUUCUCCACAGACAGACACGGGGUUGUAUUGA